GAGGUAAGGAGGAGCAUUACCAUCUUCUCAAUUUAAUCGAUCGCUUUGUGCGAGGAAAGAUGAAACACUUCUUUGCACUUUUUGCAAUUCUCGUAGCUAUCGUUUAUGCAUCUUGCGUAAAUGUUCCUCAACUUGUUUACGAUGGACCCAUUUACGAAUUGAGGCUUUAAAUCGAGGAAGAGAAUAUGGAACCAGGAUUGAUGGAUUCGAACGAACCACAACCACUUCGACAUCGAAGGGUAACGUGCCACGUUUUAUCGUGGCAAUGAAAAUGGCUGAGCAUUAAUCAUUCGGCCUGCGCUAUCGGAUGUUUAGCUCAACGACGCAGAGGCGGUAGUUGCCGAAAUGGCGUGUGCGUCUGUCGACAGUGAAACUGUUCGAAAAUCGAUUGUACCGAUCUGUUCGUGUGAAAUUUCCCACUUUUUAUUACGGUAUUUUAUACAACGGGUAAAAUCAUUUUUUAAAAUCAUCAUUUCUCGUGUCACAAUCGGUCAAGAUGAAAAGUUAUUUCGCUUGAUUAAUGCGAUAUAAUU